UGUGCCCUCAGUUUAGGCUGUCAGUACUAAACUUUGUGUGGGAGAGCUCCAGAUAGCCUCCGCCACUGUUUUUAUUAGAUAGACUCUUAUCUCCUUUAAGCAGAUGGAUUUCCUUCAUUAGAAAUGCGCCAUAACCGUGCAGUGUUAUUGGUGCGUUGCUCACCCUGACGUUGCUCUGUACUGUGUGUGUGAUAACUCAGUUUGACAACACGUCAAUUACAAAACAGGGGAACCUCGAGUUCAGCAGAACUUUUGAAACAUUCUUCAAUGCAACAUUGGACUAGAACGGUGAAUAUAUAAUUACAUUUUAAGGAUGACUGGCACCACAAGAGGCAACUUCCAAGUUGGCUUGACUUGAAAAGGAUGCUCUCCAGUUUAAUCUUAGCUGCCGUCCUUGUCUGGGCCACAUUAAGUGCACACACUACCAGUCAAGCCUGCCUAUGUUCAGACCGCCUGCCUGCUGGUCUGCAGGUCAACUGCAGCUCUUCAAACCUCAUGGAGCUGCCUGGCCUGCCCGCAGACACAACAGAGCUCCAUGUGCAGGACAACCGGCUCACCUCAGUGUCUCCAGGCCUCUUUGACAAGCUGGUCGGUCUGAAAAAGGCCUCACUAUCUGGGAAUCCCUUCCACUGUGACUGUAGGAUCCAAUACCUGAGGAACUGGUUGCUGAAGAAUGAUGCUGUUGCCACCAGGAAGCCAACCUGUGCCAGUCCCAGCUCUGUUGCUCAGAGGGCCAUCGUUGAUCUCAGCGAUGAUUUCUUCUCUUCCUGCGCCCCGGAAAACUGCACCGGCGCCGCUUAUAACGCCGUGAUGGGAGCGAUGCUAUGCUGCCUUGUUGUUCUGCUUCUGUGGAGCUUGAGACUAGCAAAAACAUCCACCUUCAUUCUCUCCAUAUAUGGGAGACAUGCGGGAUUCGAGGCGGGCUCUUUGCGCUCACUGAAGCCCAAACACAGGAGGAGGCUGCAGACUGCACAGUCAGCCUCCAGCCUGGAUACUUUCACUUUUACAGAGGAUCAAGAGAGACCACUUCUCAACAUGGAGUUACUGCCACAAGUACUGGAUGUGUUGCACAAGAAGCACAAUAUCAAAAUAAAGGCCACCUGAGGGACCUACCGCAGUGGAAUCAUAAAAACACUACAAGUGGCACUUAGAGUUGAUGGCAGCACAGUGGAUUUCUUUGUUUUUUUUGCAGUGAGCUGACUUUAAUGCUUUAACCCUCCUGUUAUGUUGCGGGUCAAAUUGACCCAUUUCAAAGUUUAAAAAUCCCCCCCAAAAAUCCUUAAAAGUAGUUUUUUUUAAUAAAAAUUAAAAAAAAUUACAUUUAAAAUAACAUUAA